CAAAAGCGACCGUCUGCCUUACAGAGGAAGAGGCUAAUUCCGUUUCCACAUGUUCCGUAUAUAUACAGAGACUCCAACAACCACAUUCACUUUCUUCCUUCUCCUCUCAUAAUUUUCUUCCCCGGAAAACACAAUGAUUCUUCGUCCCCUCUUUUCUUCCUCUUUUUCUCCCCAUUUAAUGCCUCUUUCCAUGUUCUUUGUCUUCCUGGAUCAUGCCUAGUAUCUUCCUUCUUCCUCCCUCAUCCAAAUACAUCCAAUAAUUUUACAAAUUCGGAAGCAGAGCAGAGAAGAUGACGAUGGAUAGCCCUACCAGGUAUGGGUUGGUGGCCGUGUUCUCCGUAUCGGCAAGUAUGGCUUUUCUGCUUCAUCACCUCCAUAAGCGAUUGGUGUCUGACUUCAUGAACAAGUUUGAGUUCCAAAUCUCUGGUAAUUGUGAGAAGGGACAAGGGAAGAAGAAGGUGCGAUUCGCAGAGAAAGUGAUAGUGGUUGGAGUAAAGGAGGAUGGGAAGACGAAGGGUUAUAAGAGCAGAGAAUGGAGGGAGGGUGCUCCUAGAUUGGAGGAUGUAAUGCCUCCCAAUAGGGCAGCUCUUUAUAGAGGCAUUAUCAAGCAUAGGACCCUUCGUUUCUGACCUCUUUUUUUUUUUUUUUUUUUAAAUUCUGCCAGACACACGCCGUAAUCUCUUUAUUUCCAUCAUUCUAUGAAUCUCUAAUUUUGCCUUCCCU